GAUAAAAAUGUUACCUGAGAGUCAAAUUUUAUUAUGGAUCUAUUCAUUUAUUGCCUGGUGGGCCCUAUACUUUGCAUGUCUUACAACUAUAAAAAAAGUUUUUCAAAACUCUACCAUAUUAUCUUGGGUUGACAAGCAUCAAAUAUCUGAAGGAUGUGUGUCAUCCGUCCAAGGAUUCUUCUGUGGUGGUGCAGGCAUCUUCAUCGUUCUAGCCACUCGACAUGAUGUUGUCUCUGCAAAACACUGGUUUUCUGUUCCUUAUUCAACCAUUGGCUCUGCUUAUUUCAUUUAUGAUUUCAUUGCCAUGUACAUCUCCCACCGACUUCAUGACGAUGCCAAGGGUUUGUCCUGGGGAGACGACUUCAAGCUCUACUUGAAACGCCAUCUCAUGAUGGUUGUUCAUCACUUCAUCCUGAUAUUUUUCCUGUUCCCUGCUCUAAUCUACUACUCUGAUAUGGGAGACUUCUUCACUGGCUGCUUCUACCUGACCGAAAUAUCUACUCCUUUUGUGAACAUGCGGAUAAUCCUCAGCAAGUUUGGUUUGAAGUCCUCAAAGCUGUACAUCACAAAUGGUGUUCUUAUGACCAUUGUAUUUGCCAUGUGUCGUGUAGUGAUGUUCCCGUACAUGUAUCUGACAUAUCUGCAACAGCAGAGCAAAGGAAUGUCCUACUUGGUUUCUCUUGCCAGGGUGCCAUGGCAUUGCCAUUUAGGCAGCUCACUGGUGCUGGCUCCUCAGCUCUACUGGCUCUUCCUGAUGCUGCGUGGCGUGUUUGCUGUCUUCUUCCUCCAGCCUCACUAUGUGGCAAAAUAUGACUAAAUUUACUCUGCGUAAAUAUGACUCUGCGCUUCAGUCAUACUGCAGGAUGUUGCUGCAAAUGAUUCAUUUAUCCAAUGUGCAAGUCAUCAUUCUAAUAUUGAAUGCAUCCUAGGUACCAGUAUAUCUAGCCUGAUUCAUUGUCAUGAGCUAUAAAUCUUGCCUCAAGCUCUAUGAAAUGAAAAUGUUUUGAAUUAUUCAACCGUCAUUCUUGCCUCUUUCCUACUAUUGGGCUUCAAUACUUCCAUGCUUUUCAUAAGUCUUGAAUCCUGCCUGCCUCCAAUUCAACUGUAUUUCAUAUUUUCAGUGGUGUUCCUGUGGCAGAAGCAUUGAUUUAGACUUUUCUAUACCCGAGUGCUAUUGUGUCUUUGAAUCAUUGGCAUUGCAGCAUGAAAUUUAGCAUUAAAAAUUAAAAAUAUGAACUGAUGAGUGAUAGCUGCAGCCAUGAAUAUUGAGCUGUUUUUCCUGUGUACUUCUUAUGCAUUUUAUGGUGGCACUAGUCGUCUCUGCCAUUGUUCUCUGCCUUCAAACUUUCUUCUUAUUUUAAAGUUUUUCAAUGCCAUUGAGCUUAUGGUUCAUAAUUUUUCAAAAGUGUAUGUAGGUACUCACCUGCAGAGAAUAUCCUGAAGACCAACUUUGUUCUAAUUUGUUAUUUAUUUCAUUAGAAACAAUUAUUGGUAUGAGACCAUUUCCAAUCCUUGUUAUUUAUUUCAUUAGAAACAAUUAUUGGUAUGAUAUCAUUUCCAAUCCUUGUUAUUUUAAGGUACAAUAUUAUUUGAAUGAUCAAAAUACAAAAUGUUGUUCAGAAUUUGAUCUUGUAGUAAACUAAGUUUUUUAUAUAUGAUGGAUGCAUUUAAGAGAUCUAUUAAAUCAAUGUACAACAUAUGCAGCAUGCCAAAUAAUGCAUGUAUUGUGUCAAAUUAGCUGGUACUAAAAUCUUGCACAUUUUUAAAUACUGUAGCUGACAGGUUCUAAGGACAAUAUGAGUUGCCAAUCUAAUCAUGCCAAGCAUGACACUUAUUCUUCUCAAUUAAAUCCAACAUCAUCUGAACGAAAUCCCAUGUUAGCGUACCCAUAUAAAAUUUCACACGCUGCAGGAUUUGCUGUGAAUUUGAACAUUGUGACUUCAAGGCAGUAAAUUUUAGAAUGAUUUUGUAAAUGUUUACUAUACCGGUUUGUUAUAAAUGUAAACAUCAUUUACAAUAUGUAGCACCCUUUUCAACCUGUACAUCAUUUAAUGUGAGCACAACUUACAAUAGGUAUGUUAAUGGGAGCUAAGUGAGCAUGAGCAAAGCUGCUCAUGAGGGGUUAUGGCUGGAGUUUGGUGCUACCCUCAGUUUACCCUCACAAUCCUGUAAGCUUAUGACCUCAGGUGGUAAAACCAAGACACAGAUCUAGCACAGUAUUUCUUAACAAUCUAUCCUGUGGUAUGAUCCCAUCAAUUAUAAUUACUUGUUCUGAAUAUUUGUAACAAUUUUCUCGUUUUCUCAUUACAAUAGUUUGUGCGAUUGUAGAUAAAUUUUUGAUUAAGAUCAAAUUUUCCCCAACGAUAAUCAUAAGCAUGGCAUUGAGCAGAAUAAUCUGUUAAUUAUCAAUUAACAAUUGGUACCUAAUGAGAGGAGCUACUUACAUACAUUAAGUAGUAGCAGCCAACAAAUUGCCGCAAUCUUUGGUUUGGUUGUUUUCUCAUAAAUUAUUUUACUAUGGAGUCUUAUUUUUAUUUGGAAUAUUUCAUGCAGUCGUGUUGUACCGUUGUAUGAGAAUUUUUUUUUUUUAGAGAGCGAAAUCUUGCUUAUGCUUUUCGAUUUUUUCUGUUAUAGUUAGUGUGUAUGUGCUGGUUUUCUCCCACUGAGCAGAAGACCUCUGGAUGUAUUCAAAUUUUUGUUUACAGAAUAUCCACAUUUUUUUAUAGAACAACAUAAUGUACAAAAUUUGAGUAGUUUACGGGAAGCGUAAUCAUUUCUGGUAUAUAAACUUGAAUCAGGAAUGAUCUGGCAAGGUUUUUUGGAUUAAUGUGUUGUUAUCUCAAAAAUUUUUUGUCAGAAGUAAACACAAGUGCGCUGUAGAAGUGAAGAGCAUUGUGGAAGUGAAGUACGCUUAAUUCAGCGCUUCAUGCGAAUAUGUUAUCUCCAAAUUUUUUGUCAGAAGUAAACACAAGUGCGCUGUAGAAGUGAAGAGCGUCGUGGAAGUGAAGUACGCUUAAUUCAGCGCUUCAUGCGAGCUUAUAUCAUCUAAGACACGAUCCCUGAGCCUGGUAUUCAAUUCAGGGUCUUGCCCAAUAGACAUUAAAGUCCAACAUUAAAAUAACGUUCAUUAAUCGGUAAUUUAGUCAACAAGUAAGCAAAGUUGUAUCAACGUCGCUUGUCUGAAGCAUCAUUUUAUAGACAAACACUGCUCCUUCUUUUCGCACAAUCAAUCAACGACAAAAAAUUUCAUUCCUUUUUCUGUAUGAUUGUACCUACUGAAUUUUCCCUGCAUUCAUUUUCUGUAGUGUAAAUUAUGGUGUAUGGUGCUGUGUUGUCUGACAGUUCUUUAGAGUCAUUGACCAGCCUUAGUCUUGAGGUAGUAAUUCUGGGCUGCCAAGUGGGUGCUGCAUGCAGCUGCUGCUAAUGAGUUCUGAGCUGCCUAGUGGGUGCUGCUAAUGAGUUCUGAGCUGCCAAGUGGCUGCUGCAUGCAGCUGCUGCUAAUGAGUUCUGAGCUGCCAAGUGGGUGCUGCAUGCAGAUGCUGCUAAUGAGUUCUGAGCUGCCUCGUGGGUGCUGCAUCAGCUGCUGCUAAUGAGUUCUGAGCUGCCUAGUGGGUGCUGCAUGCAGCUGCUGCUAAUGAGUUCUGAGCUGCCUAGUGUGUGCUGCAUGCAGCUGCUGCUAAUGAGUUCUGAGCUGCCUAGUGUGUGCUGCAUGCCGCUGCUGCUAAUGAGUUCUGAGCUGCCUAGUGUGUGCUGCAUGCCGCUGCUGCUAAUGAGUUCUGAGCUGCCUAGUGUGUGCUGCAUGCAGAUGCUGCUAAUGACUUCUGGCCGAUAUAUUGUCUACAUAAUCUCUGUGCGCUCGUAUUCUCUGAUCGACUUCUUCCAGUUAAUAUUGUCAGUUAUGUCAGUUAUGCCCCAUAACUUUGCUAGCACCUGUAACCCUAACAUCAGAUGUAUCUCUAGGUAUUGUAGUGCCCGGAUUCUAGGGGAAAUAUCUAUAUUUUUGAUAAAAUAAAGCUUCAUUUAGAACUAUUCCCGCAUCUAAUGCCAAAUUCAUUGAAUCGUUAUAAAUUUGUCAUACUUAAUCAGGACUGAAGAACUUUGUACAUGGAUCUUGGAACAUUUUAAAUAUUUUCUACGUUUUCUACUGCACUCUUUCACAUCGCUAGAACUAAAGUCACAAAUAGAACGAAUGGCAACUUUUGUAAGUAGUGAACUUUGAGGUUCCCUAGUAGCUUAAUUUACAACAUGAAUGAAUAUCUUCCUAUUUUAAUGCUGAUUUAAAUUUUGGUAAAGGAAAUGUCACGUAUUUUUGUGAGUAGAUUUAGAUUGAUAUUUUUAAAGUAAAUGAAUUAGUGGCAUCUAAUCCUACCAGCAACAGGAAGUAGAGCAUCGAACUUGAUAAAGUUAGUCAUUUUUAUACCGAGUACUUUGGGCCUUCUAGUAGAAAAAUUCUAUAGCCUUCUACCAUUAGCAAAGUCUGUGACAUAUAUACUGAAUUUUUAACGUUUGAUGAGUCUCAUUUAAAUAGUCACGUUUAAAUUUUUGCGUUUAGAUAACUUCGCGAAGCACUUUCUUCAAACGACUCUCAUAUACAUUCUUUUAGCUUGUAAUAGAGGAAGCUCAUCGAAACGACCUUAUUAGAUGAACGCACCUCCACGAUAACGUCUUUAUUAACAAACGCUCACGAGGAUGUUCUGAACAUACGAACUUACCGGGACUGUUUGUGAGGAGUGAACGCCUUCUAAAACGUUUGAGUUAUGUACGUUAAUAAAAACGUUCUUGUGACGAGCUUCCAAUGCCACCUGAGAGUUCGAUAAAGCGAAGGCACAAACGUUAGGUUUCAGUAUGAUUAGGAAACGUUCUUUUGUAUUCAAUAAAACGUUUAUACGAACAUUUAUGGCAACGAAGUUUUGAUCGUGUCGCUACAGUCUCUUCACUCUUAGCUAUCAUGCUUAGAGUUGUACAGGCAGGCAGCAAGUGAAGAGUGAUCCGAGUUUGUUGUGCAUUUUGAAGGACUAUUGUUGGGAGCUACAUGUACUUAAAUAUUGGCUACUUUAUCUUUCAUACUUGAAUUUAGGUAGCGAGAAGGUAGUACGGUUAAUGUUGCUGAGCCUGAAUAGCUUUAUGUCUGUCAUUUGAUGCACACAACGCGACAAUAGCACUUGCCUGUAAUCUGAAUAAUAAGCAGUUACUUGUAUAUGAUUGCGGGAUGAUGGGUAACUUACAUAUGAUGGGCAGAGGGUUGUCUUUCUUAGUAUAAUCUGAACAGGGAGCUGUAUUCUCACCAAUGAUAGACAACAUAAACGAUAAGGUUUAAUAUGGAUAAAAUUACACAUAAAAAAGACAAAACGCAGUUACUCGUGACGGCGGGAACUUGCGCAUGAUUAUUUUGCUGGCGCGUCUUGCUACACUAGCCUUGAACCGUCGCUCGAUUCCCGGGUGAGUUUCUUGUAAUUUCUAUUUUGUAAUUUACACAGCAUUGAAAUAUAUAAUGAUGUCCCAUUGUAUUGCUUAACUUCUAAUUCUUCAUGUCAAACUGAGCUGUCAAAGUAACAUCGAACUAACGGGCGCUCACGUGGUGUAUUUCUUUCCCAUUCCUCGUUAUGAAUUUUCGAAAGAAUCCUACUUGGCUGAUUCAACAUUUCUUAUGUUGUCAAUAAGUGAGAUCACGGCCUCUACGAAUCUUGAACUGCCCUGGCAUUUUGUGUUUUCUUAAUGUCGUGCAGUUAUCGAUAUAAAUAUUACACGUGAAGUAUCAAACGUGUGUUUAAGUGUACUGUAGGUUAAGAUGUAUUAUCAGUGUGUCAUGUGUAACCAUAUAUACCUUACUGAGUGUCAUGUGUGGGUAGUCUACUGCAUUUAUAUGAAACGUUAUUCAUUGUCGUUAACCCCGUUAAUCGAUCAAGUGAUAGCCAUCCAUUUUAGGUAAAUUAUAGGUAAUUAUUACAUAAAAGGUAUUACAUUAAAGUUAUUAAUUAAUUAUAAAGGUAAUCAACCGGCGUUAGGAUCGCAGUGGUCGGUCAUCGAUGUCAUAUUUAAAGCCUGCCUAAUAUAUUGCUCAGUUCGGGGAGCUAGGGCGCCGCUAGCGUUCGUCAUGUCUUCAUUAACUUUCAAAGAGAAUAGCUUUGCUUCGCUAAUUCAAUUGUGCGUUGUGUUUAGUGCAAAACAUUCAGCUGUCAUCCUGACUAGGUUGUGGCGAAGUGUUUAUUA